GGUAUUUACCUCGACGAAUGAAAUUGCGAGACUUCACAGAGACUUAGAGCCGGAUGAAAAGUGUACAAGCUAUUUGGAAAAUGGUUCUCAAAUAUAAGGAGAAAGCUCUUCGUUCCCCACGAUCAUAUUCCGGACUACAGCGGACGAGGUAUCAGAAACGAUUUAUCCUAAUUACAAUUGUACUUUUAAUAUGCGUCUACCUCUUUUCCACUGCCAGUCAUUUCUCUUUAAAUGACCGAUAUGAAUUUUUCUCAUAUCCUCCUACCGGCCUAUCUCCGCCUGUCGCAGGUCGAUAUAAAAUACAAGCAACAACAUUUCCAAAGGAAUCAAAAUCUGCCAGAGCAGUGCGUUUAAAAAGACGGCAGAAAGCCAAAGAGGAAUUUCUACAUGCUUGGAAUGGAUAUAAAAAUAAUGCAUGGAUGCAUGAUGAAGUAAUGCCACUCUCUGGUGGUCAAAAAGAUACAUUUGUGGGUUGGGCUGCAACAUUGGUGGAUUCUUUGGAUACACUUUAUAUAAUGGGGUUGAAGCAGGAAUUUGAAGAUGCAUUGAAAUCACUUAAACAAAUCGACUUUUCGAAACCAAAUGCCGAACGCGUGCCUGUAUUCGAAACUACUAUCCGGUAUCUAGGGGGUUUGUUGGGUGCAUGGGAUGUUAGUGGUCAUCAAUAUCCUAUUUUGCUUGAGAAGUCGAAGCAGCUUGGAGAUUUAUUAUUCAAGGCUUUCAAUACCGAAAGUGGUAUUCCUACGCCUUAUUAUUGGUGGGAGAAAGAACUCUCAGAAGGAGAAAAGAUACUGGACGAGAAUGGUGUCCUGCUUGCGCAAAUUGCAGGUUUAUCACUCGAAUUUAUUCGUUUAAGUCAAGUUACAGGCGAUCAAAAAUACGAAAAGUCCAUACAGAAAAUUACGGACCAACUGGAAGACAUUCAAAAUACUACAGCAUUACCAGGAAUGUGGCCAUCUCAAAUAAACUGUAUGGGUUCAAAUCUAGCAUCUGCGAGCCUUUCUUUUACUUUGGGAGCUUUCGCCGGUACAUUCUUUUGUCUUGUUUCUAUUUCACGUCUUUACUAACUUAUAUAAGUAAAGAUUCUGCUUUUGAAUAUCUUCCAAAAACACAUUUAAUUCUUCCCAAAUCCUCCUCCGCCGAUCAGUAUCUUAGAAUGUAUCGUAAUGCACUAUCAACUAUCAAAAAACAUCUCAUUUUCCGUCCCAGCCUUCCAGGCGAUCCUGAUAUCCUAUUCACAGGAACCGUCGACGUCGAUUACGAACAGCCAAUUCUAGAUGCUCAAAUCCAACAUCUCGCUUGUUUCACAGGAGGUAUGGUAGGUAUAGGGUCACGGAUAAAUCAAUCACCAUCAGAAAUGGAAACCGCGAUAAAACUAACCAACGGUUGUAUCUGGGCUUACGGAAACACCCCUUCGGGAAUCAUGCCUGAAAUAUUCCAUGUCGACCCUUGCACUAAUACUUCCACCUGUACAUUUCAAGGCUCAAAUACAGACCAACACCAUGGCUUUACGCGAAUUAAAGAUCCAUCCUAUCAACUCCGUCCCGAAGCCAUCGAAUCUAUCUUCAUCAUGUAUAGACUAACAGGUGAUCCUAUAUGGCAGGAAAAAGGUUGGAAAAUAUUCAGCGCCGUUGUUAAACAUACGCAUACAGAAAUAGCAAAUGCUCGAAUAAAAAAUGUCAUGCAUGAGGAACCAGAGAAAGAAGAUUCGAUGGAAAGUUUCUGGUUGGCGGAGACACUAAAGUAUUUUUAUUUGCUUUUUUGUGAACCGCAUGUGCUGAGUUUGGAUGAGUGGGUGUUGAAUACGGAGGCUCAUCCUUUGAGGCAGAGUAAACACUAUGAAAAUAGGGAACGAUAAUACUACCAUUCUACCAGGAAGCCGGCGUUAGGAGUUGAACCUAAAUGGUAAUGUACGUCAAACGGGUAACUGGCAGGCUAGGGGUUAGCUCGCUUAGGACUUUGGGAUUCGAAUGUUAGGAAUAGAAUUAACGGAAUGAAAGGGAUAUAAUAAGAGCGUAAGAUCUCUGCGUAGAUAGCAGUGCGUCAUAGUACAUAUAACACAUUAACC